AAUUAUUUCCCAAAAACUCCUAAAAGUAGCCACAAAUCGCCGCCGCCAAGUCGAAACCUUUAUCGGGCACUUUGAUUUUCCGGUGAUCUCGAGAUUUUGGAUCUUCACAGAUGAAUUCGAUGCGACGUAUUUCGCUAACGCAGCGACGAAAAAGGUUGAACACCAUUGGAUCUUGCGUUCGGCAUUUCUGCGGUGACCGCGUGAAAGACGAAGGAGACUGGUUUUACUCGUCGGAAUGGUGGGACCCUCAUGACGGUGGCCACACGGUUUCACAAGCUACCUCCGGCAAAGGAAACGGCGUCGUUUCAGUCGUCGCACACCCUUCCUCUCUUCCUAGUAGAGAUUCAUGGGCAAUAACUGAGAGUUGGCUAGAGAAAAGGUAUAUGGAGAUAAUGCCUACAGAUGGAGAGAGGAAUGAGAGGUUUAAGAUACUUGGAUAUCAGUGGAGAUCGCUUCGGUUCAAUGAUGAUACUCGACAAAGCACGGUGAAAGUCAUGGCUGCUUGUAGGGAAUUGCAAGCGAGUUCGAUUUUCUACAUGCAACAACCACAUUGCCUUGCUGUUCCAUAUUUGAAGAGCAUGGUUUCAGUUGGAUUGACUUCACUUGCAGCUUCUAAAUUUGAUAUGAAGAGUGCAGCUAUUGGGAAGAAACAAAUGCGUAUACUAUGCAUCGGUCACGGUGGAGGAAGCUUACCGUUGUUUUUAGCUAAACACCUUCUUGGUGCUGUUGUUGACAUAGUUGAGAUCGAUCCACUUGUGAUCUCAGAAUCGGUUCGAGCAAUGGGCUUCCCUGCAUUCUCCGUCAUGACAGCAACCGGGAAACGCGCAUCACCGGCUCCUGACAUUAUCGACCAAGUGAUGUGGCGAGACAUCCAUGAGAGGCUCUUCCUCUACGAAUCAGAUGCUAAGGAGUUCAUUCUCAAGAACGAAGAUAAUUCUUAUGACGUGAUCUUCAUGGAUGCUUAUAACGGAGCAGACAUCUUUCCUCAUACUCUAUGGGAUUCGGAUUCGGUGUUCAUGAAAGCUUUGAGUGAAAGACUUCACCAUGAGCAUGGAACUCUGGUGGUGAACCUUCACUCUGAUGCAGACAUCUCAGACAUAGACAGGUCAAACGAAGGAGUAACAACGGGGAAGUAUGUGAGGAAAGUCGGUAGAGCUUAUAAAAAAGGUUUGAUGGAGAAUCAGAGGAAGGGGAUGGUGUUUGCUUGUGAAGUUCCAUGGCUGUGUAAUGCAACUCUUCUUGUGAGCAGAGGGAUGAGGUCAGAAGGAAGGCAUAGAGACAAAAUCAUGAACAAUCUCAUGAAGACUUCUUUAGAAGUGGACCAAAUCUUGCGUCUGCCUUUCUCUUGCUUAAAUUAUCUGAAAAUUGGUCUUGCCCUCAUAUAAAUUGGUCUCAGGUAUAAUGAGAAAUAAGACAAAAACAAAACACAAUAGGGUGGAGCUAUUCAAACAGAAACUCCAUAAGGUGGGGUUAUUCAAACAAAAAUAAUUUGAUGAAUUUGAAAGAAUUGAAGCUUCUAUUUAACUUUAAUGUUACUAAAUUACGUAAUGUAAGCUAUGGAAUUAAUGUUAUCAAUCCGCCACUUCUCU